GGGCCCCCUGACUGGAGCUGCCUGCUCUUCAUCCAUCUGGAACUGCCAGGGGCGAUGAGGAUGCGUGCUUGUCCAGCUCACUGCUCUUCGGAAAAGGCAUACAUCUCCCUGGGGGCUUGUGUAUGUGUGCAUAUGUGUGGCGUGUGUGUGGUGAGUGUCUGUGCGUGCAGGGCUGUGAGCUCUGAGGCACCCUGGCGUUGGGGGUCCAAACUAGCCAGCUUCUCCUUCUGGAUCUGCUGGCCUAAUUCCCAGCUGCAGCUGCCACCCUGGGUCCCCUCCCUGAAGCAAUCUCCCUGCAGCAGAGAAAAGGAGGGGGGGUGAGGGAAGGGGAGAGAAGCAGAGAGAAGAGGACUCAGCUCUAAUCUGAUGUAGAUGAUCCGGCAGGCUGCCCAGCUCGGCUGCCCUCUACCAUCAUCUCUCCAGGCGAUUUUCUCUGUGCCCUGCACUCUCCCCUUCUGCCUUCAUCUCCUUAAGAAAGUGGCCAGAAAGUUAAACACAGACACACAAACACACACACACACACACAAUCCACCAAAAAAAAAAAAAAUCAAGAGAGCAGGAGCAGGCAGACGGGUAAGAGAGCACGCGCGCCAGAAAGAGGGCUCAGCUUGGUCUUGGAGGAAGAGCGGCACAGGCAGAGGGAGGCUGGGGUUGGCAGUGACCCAGACCGAGGUCUCCUAGCCCCCAAGGAGCCUCCUUCAUGGACCCGAGGAUCCCAAGAGGGGCUGCCUGAGCUUAGGAUGGGCAACUGUGUCAAGUCGCCAUUGAGACAUCUCUCCAGGAAGAUGCGCCAGGAGGAGAAGACCAGCUACAUGGUGGUGCAGACAAGCGAGGAGGGGCUGGCAGCCAGUGAUGAGCUCCCCGGACCGCUCCUGAUGCUGGCCCAAAACUGCGCCGUCAUGCACAACCUGCUGGGCCCUGCUUGUAUUUUUCUGCGCAAGGGUUUCGCCGAGAACAGGCAGCCUGACAGAUCACUGCGACCAGAGGAGAUCGAAGAGCUACGAGAGGCCUUCCGAGAAUUUGACAAGGACAAGGACGGCUACAUCAACUGUCGGGACCUGGGCAACUGUAUGCGCACCAUGGGCUACAUGCCCACCGAGAUGGAGCUCAUUGAGCUAUCCCAGCAGAUCAACAUGAACCUGGGUGGCCAUGUGGAUUUUGAUGACUUCGUGGAGCUAAUGGGGCCUAAACUCCUGGCAGAGACGGCCGACAUGAUUGGAGUAAAGGAACUGAGAGAUGCCUUUCGAGAGUUUGACACCAACGGUGACGGGGAGAUAAGCACCAGUGAGUUGCGAGAGGCCAUGAGGAAGCUCCUGGGUCAUCAGGUGGGGCACCGAGACAUAGAGGAAAUUAUCCGAGAUGUGGACCUCAAUGGGGAUGGACGAGUGGACUUUGAAGAGUUUGUCCGGAUGAUGUCCCGCUGAGGCCGCAAGGGCCCCUCCAGGACUGCCAAGCUCCCACAGCGGGGAGGGGAGAAGAGGAGCCAGAGCUCGCCUCGCCCCGCCCCCGCCGUAGCCGCCGAGAGCCCAGGAUGUACUGGCGGAUGGGGCCUGCCUGCACCCCGGGGAGGUGCCCACCCCGGACCCCCACCCCUCCGCACUGUGAAAGACUCACAACUCCUGCAACUGGAAAAGGGGGCGCCCGCCGACGAUGAGGAGGCCACAGUGCCAAGCCGGCAGAGGUCACGCCAGGCGCCAAGUGCCAUGUACCCAGCCGCUGCUGGCUGGGUGGGCCAGGGAGCCCGCCAGCAGACCCCACACAGCAUGUCUGCCCCGGGGCAAAGCCUGUCGCCGCCCUCCUUCGCUCUAUGCCCGUCCCAGCUCGCCUAGCCCUGUGAUCUCAGAACCAAUAAAAAUAUUUCCAAGA